UAAGUUCAAUAGGAGUUCUACACAACAUCCGGGCAUUCCACCGCUUGCGCAGAAUCGGAAUGGCGGAGUUCGAAUGGGCUCCAAAGACCAACGGCACAGUCGUGUAGACAUUUUCCACCAGGGCUAUGUGGGGCCACUGGAGGCCCUUCCCCGGGCAACCACGUUCCUAGAGGAGGACAGGAGCCUGGUGGCUCUGCGGAGGCAGGCGGUGAAGAUGGCAACCAAGUCCCAGGCAGGUGGUGAGAUGUCUCUUGAGCAACUACUGGCACUUUAUGGGUACAAAAUGCCUGAUCCUGUCCUGCAACAACAGGAGCCGAAUGAGCUGGCAGCCAGUCUGCCUGAAAUCACACUGGACAAGGUUCAGAUACAUAAAGACCUGCUCUCUGGAGGGGAGGAUGUGGACAACCAUUCCUCUGCUGAUGACCUCACACUCACCAUCAAGUCCCAUGCAUCUGACCUCUUACAAUGUCACCUAAGAGGUGAUGACAAAGACACUUCAGUUAGCUGUUCCGAAGAUGACUCAGAAAGCACCUCCAUCCCCUCCAGUGAUGGCCGCAAAGAUAUCAUGGUGGGGCCCCAGUAUCAGGCUGUAAUACCUUCUCUCUGUACACAAAGUUUUUAUGAAAGAGCUUAUGAAAAUGAGGACCAGUUAGUGUGGACCCCAGACGUGAUGUCCAGUCUGGCUGUAGAGAAAUUUUUGCUUGAUGCCCAGAGAAACGGGAGCGACAGUGGACCUACAAACACUUUGACCACUGGAGAUAAAGUCAAAGACAAUGAGCAGGCUCUUUAUGAACUAGUGAAAUGCAACUUUAAUGCAGAAGAGGCACUAAGACGAUAUCGCUUUAAUGUUAAGGUAUUCAAUGAGGAGCUUUGUGGCUGGAGUGAGGAGGAGCGUCGUUACUUUGAGCAUGGUUUCCGUGCCCAUGGGAAGAACUUCAACCUCAUACAGGCCAAUAAGGUCCGCACACGCUCAGUGGGUGAGUGUGUUGAGUACUACUACAUGUGGAAGAAAUCAGAGCGGCAUGAGUAUUUCACACAGCAGGCCACCAAGCUGGGUCGAAAAAAGUGCAAUCUGCCAUCUGGGAAUAUAGAGGAUACUGAGCCAGAUGGAGAUACUGGUGAUGUGGAGGUUGCCACACAGGGUUUGCCAACCAGGUCUUCCAUUCAACUCCAAACUCCAUCGCCACCUACAGUCAUGGAGCUGAAUAAACAAGAGGAGAGCCUGAAUUGUGCAGCUCAGUUUCAGGGUCGUCCACGCCGGAAACGCACACCACGCUUCCUGUUAAAGCCCUGAGCUUGCUGCUCACUGACAGCCUAAAACUGACAGACACACAGCUUGUGAGCGAAACAUUGGGGAGAUUGACCUGUGUGCAGGUUGUUGCUCUGGCCCACAGGGGGAGCAGUUGUUCAGCCAGUUUACUCUUCCUCCAGUGCUCCAGAUGCCAGACGUGGUCUCCCUAUCCACCCAGCUUUACUUCUCCCAAAUCUCCCGAAGACACUCCGUCCCAUCAUCCCACCUGACUCAGGGCUCCUGGGAGCAGGGUUUUACAAGCUUCAACUCGGGUCUUUUGCUGACGAUCCUGCACCUUCCUGCUCAGAGUGUGUUGCUUCACCGAAGCUUCAGUUUGACUUUUCUUUACCUUCCUCACCAUCCGUCCUAGACUUUGGUGUGAUUAGUAGUCCAUCUUCCUCCAUCUGCUCGACACAACAAUGAAGGAAAAACAUUCCACAUCUAAGGAAAAGUGACGACUGUCGUUCACUUGGAAAAGAAAAAUGUUCACUCUUCAGGAGUUUUCAGCAUCUUUGGUCAUCAUUUAAUCAGCUUCAUAAUACUCCAAAGUUUGACUUCUUUCUGAGGUACACGAAAUAUAUUUUUUAAACUACUAUUGUGUGUGUACAAUAGAAGUCAAUGGGGUCCAUAAUGCUAAAGAUUAAAUUACAUUAAGAUAGCAUACAUUUGGCAGCAUAUGGAUUACUUACAAGUUUUUGUGCUGUAAAAAUUUCAGAACACAUUGUGGACCCCGAUGACUUUAAUUCUAAAAGAAACUUUUGGACCCCAUCGAAUUUCAUUAGAAGUGUUUGGACUCCAUUAACAUUCAGAAAGUCAUACUGGUUUGGAAUGAAAUAGUAAAUACUUAAAGUUUUUGUGUUGGCUAUCUUUUCAAUCAAAGAGUGUCAUCAGCAUUUCCUCAUGACGUCAAAAUCCAUGUUGUCUUCAACAACAAAACUAAAGGAAUGUGACUGCUGUUGUUUCCUCUGAAAUUGCACGUGUUGCUCUUCAGUAAAACCUGAAUUUAAUGAGAUGUUUUGACAAAACCCAAACCAUAUUUUUUCCGUACAAUAAAAGUCAUCAGAGUCCAAAAUGCUAGCAUACAUUUUCAUUUUUAAAAGAAUCUUUAAGACCACGUUGAUUUUUAGUAAAAAAAAAAAAAGACUUUUGGACCCCGUCAGUUUUCAGGUUUGGAAUGAAAUAAUUCUGCUUUUUUGAUUUAUAUUUCUUUGUUCCAGGAAUCUUUUAAAUGUUUUUCCGCAUUCAGAGCUGGUUGUUUUCAACUAAACUAAGAAAACGUGACAACUGCUGCUCACCUGGAAAUUUUAGUGGACCCCACUGAAGUGCAAUGUAAAAGAAAGAGCUUUGGGUCCAUUGACUUUAAUAGUAAUGGCAUAUAUUUGGCAACAUAUGGAUUACUUUUAUUCUACCUUUAUGUUUAUGAAACCUUUUUUAAAGAAACUUUUGGACAUCAUUAACUUAAUUUUUUUUUUUUAUAUAAUCUUUUGGACCCCGUUGAUUUUUAGCAUAAAAAGACAUCAGGUUUGGAAUGAAAUGAGUAAAUUGAUUUACUUUUCUUUUUCCCAUAAAUCUUUUGAAUGUUUCAAAUGUUUCUCCGCAUUCACAACAGGUUGUUUUCAACUAAACUAAGAAAACGUGACAACUGCUUCUAAACCUGGAAAUUGCAGAAAAGCCUGAGAGAGAGUUUAGCCAAAUAAGAUAGCUUGACCAUUAAAAUGGCCUUGUGUUGUCUUUAACCUGUUGAGUUGUUUUAGCAGAUUUUUGUCCAUUCAAACCAAGUCAAUGGGGUCCAAAACGUUUAAGCUCUAACAAUUAGAAAAAGAUAGCAUAAAAAUAAUCCACACUCUACCAAAAGGGUACUAGCAUACUAAAUACUAGAGCUUUGGACCCCACUGAAGUGCAAUGUAAAAUAAAAAGCUUUGGGUCCAUUGACUUUAAUAGUAAUGGCAAAUAUUUGGCUGCAUAUGAAUUACUUUUAUGCUACCUUUAUGUUUAUGAAACCUUCUUUUUUAAAGAAACUUUUAGACAUUAUUAACUUAAUUUUUUUUAAAUAACCUUUUGGACCCCCUGAUUUUUAGUAUAAAAAGACACUUUCGGACCUCGUCAGUUUUCAGGUUUGGAAUGAAAUAAUUCUGCUUUUUUGAUUUACGUUUGUUUUGAUUAUCCCUUAAAUCUUUUAAAUGUUUUAAAUGUUUCUCCACAUUCAAAUCUGGUUGUUUUUAACUAAACUAAGAAAACGUGACAACUGCUGCUCACCUGGAAAUUGCAGAAAAGCCUGAGAGAUAGUUCAGUCAAACACAUUAAAUCACCCUUGUGUUGUUUCAAACCUGUUGACUUGUAUUAGCAGAUUUUUGUCCAUUCAAUGGAAGUGAACGAGGUCCAAAACGUUUAAGCUCUAACAAUUAGAAAAAGAUAGCAUAAAGUAAUCCACACUCUACAAAAAAUGUACUACCAUACUAGAGCUUUGGACCCCACUGAAGUGCAAUGGAAAAGAAAAACCUUUGGGUCCAUUGACCUUAAUAGUAAUGGCUUAUAUUUGGCAGCAUAUGGAUUACUUUUCUGCUACCUUUAUGGUGCUCACGUUUUAACACCAAUGUACUUUAAUAGUAAAAGGAAGCUUUUGGACCUCACUGACUUUCAGAAAGUCCUUCAGGUUUGAAACAAAAUGAGGUAAAAACGUCUUUGAUUAAUUUGUUUUGUGUGUUAUUGAUCUCAAGGAAUGUGUUCAAAAGUUAUUCAUGUCAUUUACUCCAUGUAGUUUUCACCUACUCAUCUGAAUGGGUGUUUUAGGGAACUGACUGUCUCUGUCAGAUUACUACAUGCAAUGAAAGUGUUAACUACCUAAUUUUAGGCUUUGGAAAUAUGCAAGGACUUAAAUCCUGCUGGGAUGUUCGAUGGUCUCAAUAAGGAUAGUUUUGGUACCUGUUUGAUAAUAGUUGUUCCUGUACAGUAAAUAGUUUCUUUCAUUGCAUGUAGCACAUUUAAACUCAACUCUUUUUUUUUUUUAAAUGCCUUAUUUUUUUCAAAGAAUAAAAGGUUUUACUCGUAUCAUCAGGAAUGAACUACUAAUGCAGUCAUGUUGUGCUGUCGUUUGUUGCGAUACCUGUUAUGAGGUUCGAGCUUUCCCAUUGUAGAAAACUUCUCUGUGCAAUAAACACAAAAAGAAAGAAAAAAGUACAAGUUCCUCAGGGGCUUUGAUCGUUUCCCUCUCGGUCUAGUCCGUCAGUACUUCAGUACUAAGUGUUGAAGAGGGUUUUUGAAUGGUUUAUGCCAAUAAAUGUCAUCCUGAUAUUAGUGGUUAAGUUUCUCAGGUUUUGCUGCCAAUUCAUUUGCGUGAAGCCACAACUUGUCAGAACCCAGAAUCUUUCUUCACUGUUUGGAGAAACUGGCACUGCCAAAUCUAGCGUAGUGCCUCUUUUGUGACUUGACUUUUUGUAAAGCAUCACAUAUCAUCAUCAUCAUCAUCCUGGUCACAUUAAUCGCUCAGAUCAGUGUGUUUGCUAAUUGUUUAGUCGGCUUUAAGUUUUGUGUGUAGUUUACACAAGGUUCAGAAGAUACGAAAGGGAGACAAACACUGCUUUGACUUACUUUACCCUUUUAAAGCAAUUUAUGUAUUAUUGCUCCUGUUAUGAUGAUUUAUUGUCCCUGUUAUUAUAUUUUGUAAAUAAUAAUAAAAAUUUGAAAACAAA